AUGAUUCUUUCAGUUAAAGAUUUCCAUGACAUGACUAAUAUCGAAUCUCUUUCAUGCUUACAUCAAUUUUCUUGGGAAGAAUGGGAUAAUCAAAUGAUUGUUGUAUUAUAUCGAUCUGAUCGACGCUUUGUUGUUAAACGAUACAUUGAACGAGUUCUUGCAAAUUCUUCUAAAUGGCAACACUUAGCUCAAUCAUCAUUUUCAACAAUAGAACCCAUUGCUCAAACAUAUACAAUGACGGAGAAUGAAAUAAAAUUAAUGCAUCAUAUAUUUUCAUGGCAUAUGAAUGGAACUUUAACAUUUCCAAUAAUUGGUGAACUCGACCAAUUACUCGAUUGGGAAGAUAUACUUAAUUUUAUUGAACGAGUACAGCAAAAGUCGAAAAGUGAUAAAAAAAAUGCGUCAAAAAUAAUAUGUUCACCUUCGAUUGUACCAACUAUUCCAAUUGGAAUAUCUUCUUCAAAAAUAUCAAUAAAAGAACCUACAGAAACGAAUAAAAUUUCAGGAAACCUCGAACUAAAUAGAGAGGAUAUAAAACCAAUUAAAAUACAUAAAAAAGAUCAACAACAACAACAAUUUUUUCAUGAAAAUAUGUUAUCGUCUUCAUCAAAUCAUUGGAUACAAAUAAAUAAUAUUUGUGUUCCAUAUAUAAUUAAAUCUCAACAAUCAAUUCUGCUUCCUUAUCAAGUCUUACUCGAUUGUGAUUUACUUAAUGAACAAGAACAAUCAUUUAUACUUCAUUUUACUAUUAAAGCUAGUUCUCAUGAUAUUCAAACUUUUGAAAGAAUUAUAUCAUCAUCAUCAUCAUCAAUCGAUUUUACACUAAAUAAUCAAUUACUUCUUAUUGAUCUAUAUCAUUUAAUAUUCGGAAUGUUCAAAGUCGUUUAUGUUAAAUUACUUAACAAUCAACGUGAUGUAAAUAAAAGUUAUAAAACAGUCUUGGCACAACAUGGUGGUACUGUUAUUGUUCGUUCUCGUUCAGUUCCGUUUAUCAAUCUCGGUAAACUUAAUUGUAUUUUGCUUGAUUCAUUAAUAGCAAUCUUACAGCCAACAACAAAAAUUAUGUCUAUUCUUCGUCGACAUUCUCUACCUGCUCAUUCUCAUGAAAUUGAUUAUCUUCAUCUCGUACAACUUUAUCAACGAAAACCUUAUCAAAAUGAUAGUGUUAUAUCAAAUCAACAACAACAUUUACUUGUUAAAAUUAAUGAAAUUCAUAAAUAUGUCGCUGAAAAUGAUCUUGUUAUUAAUAUGCUAUUAACUCAAUAUCAACAAGUUGAACACCAAAAAAUUAGGAAACAAAUAGAAAGAACUGAAAAUAAACCAAAUCAAAAGCCAACAAAACGUAAACCAAGUACAGCAAUGACUGGACUUCAAAAUACAAUAAAAGAACUAUAA